AUGUUUCUGAAACUGAAUCAAAGUCAAGCAAACAAUUCUGCCAUCAAAGAUGACGUCUCCAAAUCUUCCGCCAAGUCAAGCGGCCACAAACCGCUUGAGUUUGUCUCGGUGACACCGGCAAAGCAAAAGGGCAACAAGGCAAUAUCGACCGUUGUCCGCACGCAAGUCAUGAAGGACUACUUUUGGAAACAAAGGAAUCCCGAGAGCACCGACCAGGCAGCAAGCGAGAAUCCGGCAAACCCAUCUCAGUACAAGGGAAGAUUUCGACUCAACUCACAGCCCAGCAGGACAAAGCCUAGAGCAAGCGUCAAGAAGGCAAAAGGUCGCGAGAGGUCCUCUAAUGAAGUCGCCAGAGCGCAAAAGGGAAGGAUUCUAGUGCCGAGGGGUCCGAUAUCCGAUCCUAGCAUUUACGAUCCGGAUGGGUUCUUUGCGAGUACGCCUGCGGGGUUGUUGGGCGGGAGUUUGGAUCCUUUUGACUCGUUUUCUCUCAAGUUGAAGCCAGAGAGUUUGAAGCUGAUUUACUAUUAUAAACAAAGCUAUUCCAAGGACUUUCUCGAUCUCAACGUAGGAGGCGGCUACUGCUUAUUCGAUGCUCGGGAACACCGGGCUCUGUUCCAUUCAAUUCUGUAUCUGGUUGCUCUCGAUUUUAAUCUCAGACGCGGCUUCUCCGAUGCCUUUGGAUGUCUCUAUCAUUCAUCUGAGGCAUUUCGGCUGAUCAACGAACGGAUCCAGAGCGCCAACUUUGAAGAUGCGACAAUAGCAGCGGUUGCAUUGAUAGGGGCCAAAGAAAAUCUCGCUGGCAUGUUUGACGUUUCGUACAUGCACAUGCAGGGCCUGAAGUUUAUGAUUCAGAAAAGAGGCGGAAUCCAGAAUAUCAAGGGCCUUCAUCGCGGAGUAGUUAUAUGGGCUGAUUUCUGUAACUCGAGCGUUUGGAAUUGCCCGCCGCAGUUUCCGCAUACCUCACUUUCUUCGAAUCAAGAUAUCGAGUUCCCAUCCGAAACAUUAUCAUCGACAGACGACGUCUCACAAGACAAUCUCGAUGUUGAAUCGCAAAUUGUCUCCCUCGUACAGUCUCUUCGCAAAAUAUCCGCUGCAAAAGACGUACAAGGCCACAAAAAGACGGAAGCAAGCCAUGUAUACGACACCGAGUACAGGCUCCAUCUUAUCAAAGCCAGUAUUGCCGAUCGCGGAGCUAGCAGUAGUGAAUUGGUUCCCCUAUGCGUUGCUUUGAACAUAUACCUCUACCUGGCUAUUCGAGAGCUUCCUGCAAGAGCUCAGAUGAUUCAGCGCCUGAUUGAUCGGUUACAAGCUACCUUCAAUCUGCAGCUCAUAGAGAAGCCGCCUUCAAAUACACAUAAACAAAGCUGGAUAUUGUGGAUGUUAUUCAUCGGAUACGCGGCUGCCCUUGAAAACAAACGACAAGAGUGGCUUGCGCAAAGUCUGAAGUCGCUGUACACCAAGUCCAGCUUUCGGGACAUGGACCAGCUUCAAGAAACACUCAAGAGCGUCUUGUGGCAGGAUAGCUGGAGUGAGUAUUACUUUAAAAAGCUCAGAGAAGAAAUCGCUUGA